AUGGAGCCUCCGAAGGACAACAAACCAGCCGAUGCGGCAGGACCCAAAAACCAAAAACCAAGGCCCGACAAAACCAAGGCUCCAUCGCCUAAAAAUAAUGUUCCUGACGACCCAGAGGCCAUGUUCAAGGUUGGGUUUCUUGCUGAUGUCUAUGGCUUGAACGCGACUGAUAAGGUGGUCACCCGCUUUCCACCCGAACCCAAUGGUUUCCUUCACUUGGGGCACAGUAAAGCUAUCGCAAUCAACUUCGGAUUUGCACAAUACCAUGGAGGCGUUUGCUAUCUUCGAUAUGAUGAUACGAGCCCCGCUAAGGAGGAGGAGAAAUAUUUCACUGCUAUUGCGGAUAUGAUUCAAUGGUUGGGAUUCGAGCCCGUCAAAGUGACAUAUUCGAGUGAUUAUUUUGAUCGCUUGUAUAAUCUCGCAGAAGAUCUUAUCAAGAAAGACGGUGCCUAUGUUUGUCAUUGCUCUAAAAGCGAGGUCUCUCUCCAACGCGGUGGUGGUAAAGGCACUACCGCUCGCUAUGCUUGUCCUCACCGCGAUCGACCCACCGAGGAGUCCCUUGUCGAGUUCAGAGCCAUGCGAGAUGGAAAGUAUGCGCCCAAAGAGGCCACUUUUCGUAUGAAGCAGGACCUAGAGUCGGGGAAUCCCCAAAUGUGGGACUUGGCUGCUUAUCGUGUCAUUCAGCCUCGGAAGGGCGAUGACGGUGACGACGAACAGAACUUGGGAAUCCAUCAUCGCACUGGAGACAGGUGGAGGAUCUAUCCAACCUACGAUUUCACGCAUUGUCUUGUUGAUAGCUUUGAAGGGAUCACGCACUCGCUUUGUACGACUGAGUUCGAGCUCUCAAGGGUUUCGUAUAAUUGGCUGUGUGAUAAGCUGGAAGUCUACCGGCCUAUGCAAAGAGAAUAUGGGCGCCUGAACUUGGCUGGCACAGUCCUGUCCAAGCGGAAAAUCAUGGACCUAAUCUCGAACGGACAUGUGCACGACUGGGAUGAUCCUCGUCUAUACACGCUUAUUGCGCUGAAACGUCGAGGUAUUCCGCCUGGCGCUAUUCUUUCCUUUGUCAAUGGGCUUGGUGUCUCGAAGGCGACAACCACUAUAGAUACCAAGCGGUUUGAGCAAAGUGUAAGACAGUACUUGGAACGCACUGUGCCACGCUUGAUGGUCGUUCCCGAUCCUAUCCCCGUGGUGAUCGAAAACCUCCCUGAAGACCACCUGGAGAUGGUGGAAGUCCCUUUUUCAAAAGACCCCGAAUUUGGUGUUCACACUGUCCCGUUCACCGCAACGGUCUAUAUUGACCGAUCUGACUUCCAGGAGACCGCCAGCAAAGAUUUCUUCCGGCUAGCUCCUGGCAAAUCAGUUGGCCUGUUGAAGGUGCCGUAUCCCAUAACGGCAACCAGUUUCGAGAAAGACCCGACCACUGGCCUAGUAACGUCAAUACGUGCUCACUACGACAAGCCUGAGGAGGGUGCCACGUUCAAGAAACCCAAGGCCUACAUCCACUGGGUCGCAGAUUGCCCAUCUCUGAACAGUCCCAUCAAGGCCUCUGUCCGCAUCUACGAUCCCCUCUUCACCGUCAGCAAUCCAGACUCGCACCCUGAUGGUUUCCUUUCAGUUGUCAACCCGAACUCAGAGCACGUCUUCUUUCACGCUAUGGUUGAAGUAGGUCUCCAAGAAAUCAUCCGCAGGGCCCCGUGGCCCAACUUCAAAGCGGAGCAAAAGCAAACGUCAGACUCGGACAGCGCGGCAGCGCCUCCAGAGAGUGUUCGGUUUCAAGGGAUGCGCGUAGGGUAUUUCUGCUUGGAUCGCGAUAGCUCAGAUGAUAGGGUUGUACUGAAUCGGAUCGUGACUUUGAAGGAGGAUCCGAAGAAAUGA